AUGGGAAAUUGUGUAAAAGAAUAUACUAAUCGUUCCUCUCUUUCUGAUUUACCAAGAAAAGAAAUAUUUUAAAAAGAUUUCUCUAAUCAUAAUGUAGGUCAUAAAAGGAAAAAGUCAAGAUUAUUAAGUUAAGUUUAAAGCAUUGUUAUAAAAGAAGACCCAGAAACUGAAUAGGAUUAAAAUUCAUCAUUUGAACUAAAUUCAUAAUUUUAGAUUGAACAAAGUGCAACUAUACAUUUAAUUAGGUUGCCAGAAGGACUUAAGAUGGAAAAGCAUCACUAAAUAAAAUUAUAUAAUUUACACACUCAAAGAUACUUACAUUCUCAUGCAAUUAAACAUGAACAUAAUAAAUCAAAUGAAGUAAGCACUUGUAACAAUUGUAAUUAUGAAUAUGAUUGGUGGUAAAUUAUUUAGAUUAACAAUAAAACCUAUAUUUAUCAUCCUAUUACAAAAUCAUAUUUAAAAUGUUUGCAAACUAUUAAUAAUAUGGGAGAAGUUGGUUGUUUACAACAUGAUAUGGAUGAAUGGGAAAUUAUUGCAGAUGAUGAAGAAAUCAAAUAAUUCUCUAUUAUAAGUUUUUAUUAUUCUUAUAUAUUAUAGAACUUAAACAUAUAUGUACUGGACUUUAUUUACAUACUUAACCAUACUAAAGUAAAAUUGAAAAUUAACAUAUUGUAUCAAUUUGUAAGCCAGAAGUAGCAAAUGCUUUAUGGAGAAUUACAGAUAUGCAAUGA